AUGGCGGUUAAGAAUCUGGAGAAAGGUAUCAAUGUUAGCGGGCGUGUCUGGAAGUCAGAGAAAGAUGCAUUCCGUGCCACGAGUAAAGUGAUCAAGAACAAAAAGCUGACUUCGUGGGAGCUCAAGCGGGAACAGAGACAGCUCGACCAACAGUUCAAGGAGCGCAUGAACGCACUCAAGAAUGAGAAGGAGGAAGAGCGCCAGCAGCGCAUCAAGGCGCUACGGGAGCGUCGCGAGAAGAAGGAAGAGAAGGAGCGCUACGAGAGACUGGCAGCCAGAAUGCACGCAAAGAAGGUGGAGAGGAUGCGCCGCAGAGAAAAGCGGAACAAGGCAUUGAAGGAGCGCUAG